AUGAGUAAAGCCAAGGUAACAGGGUUUUCGUCAAUUGAUGCUGACGAUGAAAGUUUACGCGAACGUCACGUAAAGCCAUUAUAUGCAGAUGACAGCAAUGCCCAAGAUGAACAGCUGGAUGCCCUUGACGAAUUAGAAAAAGAGCAUAAGGGAAAAAAAUACAGAGAUUUUACCAUGCUGGUAAUCAUAAGGGAUAUCAUAGGACCGCUGCUAUUAACUAUACUUUCAUUCUAUCUAAGAUUCAAGCGCAUAGAUCAAAACAAUCACGUUGUCUGGGAUGAGGCUCAUUUCGGGAAGUUUGGUUCAUACUACAUCAAACAUGAAUACUACCACGAUGUACAUCCACCGCUAGGUAAGAUGCUUAUUGCACUGAGUGAAUGGAUAGCUGGAUUCGAUGGACAGUUUGACUUCUCCUCUAAUAAUCCAUACCCUGAAGAGGUGAACUUUAAGGUAAUGAGACAAUUCAAUGCCUCAUUCGGUGCUUUGUGUACCCCGGUGGCUUUCUUUACUGCCAAAUGGAUGGGAUUCAACUAUUUGACUGUAUAUUUAAUCGCUACAAUGGUAACUUUGGAACACUCCUAUAUUGUUCUGUCAAAAUUUAUAUUGCUGGAUUCUAUGCUACUUUUUUUCACAAUGACAACCUUCGCCUGUAUGGUGAGGCUGUACACGUUAAGAAAACAGCAAAUGACGAGAAAGUGGUCUCUAUGGAUGCUAUUGACAGGGUUAUCAAUAGGCUGUGUUUGUUCUGUGAAAUGGGUCGGUUUAUUUAUCACAGUUGUAGUUGGUCUCUACACAUGUAUAGAAUUGUUUUUGCUUUACUGUGAUACUACCUUGCCUAGAGUAAAAUACUAUAAACACUGGCUUAUCAGAAUCAUUAACCUGAUAGUUAUUCCGUUUCUUAUCUAUCUCUACUGCUUCAAAAUCCAUUUUGUCCUAUUGUACAAGUCUGGUACAGGCGACUCUACAACCAACACGUUAUUUCAGAUUAAUUUGGAGGGAACUCAAAUCAAAGUUGGUCCUCGUGACGUUGUAUUUGGAUCAGAAUUAACAAUAAGAUCACAUGGUUUAAGUCCGAAUCUGUUACAUUCGCACGUUCAAUUAUAUCCAGAGGGUUCCGGUCAACAUCAAAUUACUGGGUAUGGAUUUGCCGACUCUAAUAACGUUUGGAAGUUUGAAUUUUCAAGAUCCUCUGGAUCGCAUCUGGACAUUAACGGGACUCUAAACGGCGAAAUAGUUCCAAUAGUGGAUGGUACGGAAGUCCGUAUUACCCAUAAAAAUACAGGAUCCAAUCUUCAUUCCCAUGAAGUGCCUUCGCACGUCUCUAGGGGAAACUUCGAAGUUUCAGGCUAUGGAUCACAAGACGUUGGGGACGCCAAGGAUGAUUGGAUUAUAGAAAUUGUAAAACAAAUGGAUUCCCCAAAUCCUGACUACGCAGAUGAAGAUCCAGACACCUUGCACCCUGUUUCUACCUUUUUCAGGUUGAGGCACAAGGUUUUGGGCUGUUACCUGGCUUCCACUGGGCUAACAUACCCAGCUUGGGGUUUCAAACAGGCUGAAAUCGUUUGCAAGGAUUCAUGGAGUCAUAGAGAUAAAUCAACUUGGUGGAAUGUAGAGGACCAUUGGAACAAUAAUUUAGAAACCCCGGAAGAUUAUGUUCCCCCAAAAUCUAAUUUUUGGACUGAUUUUGUUUUGACCAACUUCGCCAUGGCUUCGUCUAAUAAUGCAUUAGUUCCUGAUGAAGACAAAUAUGACAGUUUAUCGUCAAGUGCAUGGGAAUGGCCAACAUUGCACAAAGGACUGCGAAUGUGCUCGUGGGCAGGUUAUAUCGAUAGGUAUUACUUAAUGGGGUCCCCAUUCAAUACAUGGAUAUCUACUACAUGCUUACUCAUAUUUCCGUUCAUCAUCAUUUCUGUGCUGUAUCGAUGGAGAAGACAAACGCUUUAUCUUUCAGACGAUCAAAUCUGGAAAGUGACCAUUCAAGGUAUUUUUCCUUUUAUCUCCUGGAUGACACACUACUUGCCAUUCGCGAUAAUGGGGAGAGUAACAUAUGUACAUCAUUACGUUCCUGCCCUAUACUUUGCGAUUCUCGUGUUUGGAUUCAUCGUGGAUCUCACUUUGACCAGGGCCCAUUGGAUUAUCAAAUAUCCUGUUUAUUUGUCACUGUUUGGCGGGUGCAUGUACAUAUACAUCCUUUUCGCUCCAUUAUGUCAAGGUAUGCACGGUGAUGGAGAAAAAUAUGUACCUUUGGAAUGGCUAUCCACUUGGGAUAUGGCGGUUCAAUAG